GCUAUCAUUGGCUACCCCCGGCGAUGCGGGUUGAUCGUCCCUGUCCAUUGACGUCUUGGAACGUUGGCCAUCUCGAUCCCAUAGUGAAAGGAUUCCUCUAAAUAUUUUGGGAGGGAGGGAUUGACUGUGAAUGGUGUGUACCCCGGAGCUUUCUAAACUUCCAUGUUCCCGUUGAUUCAACACAAUUGGAGUCGAAGCCGUCCCCUCCGCUAUCCAACCGUGUUCAGUGCCGGGAGGGCAUCACAUGCAGUCGCCUUAAGGUCAUGUAUUGCCACCGGAAAGUAAACAUUUAGAGAGGUAUGUCACUGCUCCUCUUAUCAGCUUAUCAAGCAAGCUCUGCUAUGCUCAGCUGUUUCGGCACAGAGAAGCAGCAUCAGAGGCUUCAAGGUUUGAUCCAAGUGGAGAAGACGCGGCUGAUUCCCGUCGACCUGUAUUGCUUGGCGAUUUGUCACAGUAGGAGUAGCUAUUUAAAAGGAUCAGAUAGACUGGGAGGCGUCAAGAUUUGCAGUCAGAAGCGUGUGGUCGGGAUGUCUGCCGCCUCUUCGAUUAGCUGAUGUGUGCUUGCCAUCCAAGUCAAGAUGCAAAAGAUGACCAAGACAUGCAAAUGUGCUCCUAGUAGUGCCAUAUAGUGCCUCGCCACCUUUUUCGGUCGGUAUUGGAUACCAAAAAUGGCCACAAACUUGUCGACUGGGUGGUAUCGCUAGUAGUAGUAGUUAGUUGUUGUUGUUACUGUGGUAGUAUUGAAUCCAGCGAUAGGCGCUUGUACAUGGCGG